GCGAAGCACGGUUGUGUGGGCCUUUGGCAAUGGUAGGUCCAGGUCUGAUACGUCUGGCCUACUGACUGUCACUUCUAUGUUUAGCUCACCUCUGGUACUGGUGCAUAGGCAAACGCAGCAAUGUGACAAGGCGAAUUUCAUUUCGUACACACACUCACGCACACACACCAACACACACACACACACACACACACACACACACACACCAAACACACAUGCUUAACACCCCAUCAUUUACCGUGCUUCCUAACUGGAGGCCCCUGAAGACCCCUUAAAAUUGGUCCUGGCAAUCGCUCCCAGAGUUCCAAGUGUGGACGGCUUACUCGCACAGCUUGAAGGGGUAUUUCCUCUCCCUUCAUGGAACCCCCCUGCACCAGCUGUCCAGGGCAUGGGACUGACACCGUGCCCCAGUUUGGUGCCUUGGAAAUCGGAGAGGAAGAGAAGCCGGCAGGGGCAUUGAGGAUACGUGUGGAGGACUGCGUUUUCACAGUGGAUCGCUCCCUGCUAGCAGCUAGCUUUGCGUAUUUCCAAGGACUGUUCCGAUCUGGAAUGCGUGACAGCCAAACGGAAGAAUUUUAUCUGCAAGGUGGACUGCGUCCGGGUGGGUUCCAAGUUGCUCUAGCUGUGGCGAGGGGGGAACAUCCUUCACUACCAGAUGCUGAUAGCCUACUAGAGGCUGUGGAGUGUGCUGCUUUUCUCCAGGUGGAGGCGCUAGAGAGGCACCUGAUUGACCUCCUGGACACUGAUAUCUGUCUGCUAUUGUGCCAUGCAGCAGCUACGUUUGGCCUGCACAACCUCUUUACUAACGCGGUGACUUUCAUCCGUGAUUCCUAUCGUGACCUGAAGGGGGCGGCGGAGGAGUCCUUGCACCCGGACAUACUAAACUACAUCGAGUCGAUUACUCCCGCCUCCUUCAUAGCUUUGGGCACACAUACACCCUCGCUGGAGAUGCUUCAUGACUCUUUCCGCACAGUGUGGCACCUGGAUGAGGACCUGGGUGCUUGGAGUUACCUGACUGACCUUCCAGUGCUUUGCAGCACCUCCAUGGCAGGUGUGACAGUGCUGGACGGUCGUCUGUACGUGAUCGGGGGUGUCGUGGGGCUCAGCACGGUCACGGUGGACCGUGGAUUCCGCUAUGACCCUCAGACAAACACCUGGACGGACAUACCUGGUCCCACGCAGUCACGGUACAACUUCACCCUGCUGGGCUUGGAAGGAAAGUUGUACGCGGUGGGAGGCGAGCAAAACGAGGUGACCAUGUCGUCAGCUGAGGCUUACGACGUGAGCACGGCAACAUGGUCCUUCAUUCGGCACACCCCACGGCCCGUCGCAGGUGCCGCAGGUACUAUAUGCCGCCGCAGGAUAUUCGUAUGUUUCUGGAAGCCACCGGCCAUUACGGACAUCUACGAGUACCUCCCGGCUCCAGACCAGUGGACCCUCGUCACCACACUGGUCCGUCCACAGAGCUACGGCCACUACAUGGUGUCGCACCGGGACAACCUGUACGUCAUGCGCAACGGGCCCUGCGACGACUUCCUGCAUUGCUUGAUCGAGUGCUACAACAUCACCACCGGCCAAUGGAGCGCCUUGCCUGGGCAGUACAUCAACAGCAAGGGCAUGCUCUUCACCUCCGUGAUCAGGGGGGACUCGGCCUUUACCGUCCAGCGCUCGGUCAGCAUAGAGUUCACCGUCAGCCCCAAGGGGUGGAGGAACCGCCGGGAGAUGGCGGGUUUCCCCAAGAGUGGAUCGCUGUGGACCUGUCUACUCCGGCUUCCCAGAAAAGGAUUACCUCCAGAGGAGGUGGAUAGGAAGGAGGAUACGGAAAAUAACGACGGAGGAAAGAACAUUGACCUCCAACAGGAGGAGAAAGACCUUGAUGAUCACAAGCAGACAUUGUUUUGACUCAACUCACCUUGUGUUUUGUCUUGUUUUGUGUUUGUCAUGUCUGUGUGAGUGUUUUGUGUAGCUAAACAACACAGGAGCAGGCAAAAUGAAGACAUUUGUUCCAUUCAGCAUGGAUUGGACACAGGGUCUUGGAUAAAUAAACACAUCUGUUUAAGCUUU